AUGGCUUCCAACGUGUUUGGCAUCCCCAUUACGAACCAAACAUUAGAGGCGAUGCCGAAACAUCAAGGGAAGGAGAUAACGGCAACAGACAGAGCUUAUGAAGCUCUGAUAAUGAAAAAUGCAGACAACAAAGAUGUGAACGCCCGGAAAUUCGUUGAGAGCUUGAAGCCAAAAUAUAGUGCUGGUGCAUUUCUUCACGUCCACAAUAUUCCAUCGUUUGCUGGAUCCAUCGGAGCCACCAUAUAUCGUGGCCAGGAUGAGAAUGGGGAUGCUUCUGACUGGAUGCUGGCUUGGUACAAUCCAUGGGAUAGAGUGCUCGACCACAACCGCGUAUGUACUGAGAUUCGUGUAGCUGAUCACUACAAGGGAAUUGAAUGGAGCAGUAUUUAUGAUUACAAGUUGAGCAAGUUUGACCAAUAUAGCAAUGACACGUGGAAUGGAUGCUGUUCAAGUGUGAUUAUCGGCUAUUCUGAUGUUAUAGAUGUGAACACGUCCAAUAGGAAUUGUCCCAUAUUUGAGGGAAUAAUGACUCUUAAAAAUGCUUGGAUACAGUGA